CACCAAAGAUGCGGUUGCCUGGGAAGGAAGGCUACAACUCCUGCUCUCACCUGCUUGCUUCUUCCCUGUUCCCUUUAUCCCGUUUCUCUCUUUGCGUUUUCGUUUCUUCUUGAACCGCAGCAGGAAAAAAAAAGCCCCUCGGAACGCACCCUCGCAAGCACCUCUCUAAUACUCGCAAUGCUCCCGAUGGUGCUUCCGGGCCGGGUGGUCGUCGAGUUCGUAUUGCUACGCAUUGUAUCUAUUUUGCACGCCAUCGCUCCUCCUCCUCCUCCGUUUGCUUCCCCCCCCCCACCUUAUCUUUUGCUCUCUCUUACCACGCAUUGUCGUUCCUCUCUAUCCAUACGCAUCCAUCCCCGUCGCAAAUCCUCGCUACCUUUACCCCCCGCCUCCUCCUGCCGUUUUUAUUUCCCUUUUUUUGGUUAUCCGUCCCCCCCCCCUCAACUCCUUCUUGAGUUACCUUUCUCAAGCUGCUGGGGCAUUCUAGAAUAUGGAGACAAGUGAAAAUACACACACACGCCAGUUUGCUGGUUCGGCCCCUUCAACAACAGCGACAAAUUGGAUCCAGCUCGGUCUGGAUGCGAGACAACAACGCUACUCUGGAUCUUGCUCUUGUAUUUUCAUUUUUUUU